GUCGCGACAUUUGUGUCAAAAGCGGACAAUGCAAGCUCGCACACAGCUCAAAAGACAAGGCAGUAUUUAACGGAAGAAAAUGUGGAAUAGUUCCGAUCUAAGUCCUAACGAUUUCUUUACUUUCCCGAAAAUUAAAAACAGACUGCGUGGUCAAAGGUUCCAGACACUAGAAGAAUCAGUUGACGCAUUCAAAAAUGCCGUUUUGGAUCUGCCAGCAAACGAGUGAAAUAGGUGCUUCGAAGAUUGGUUCGAGCGCAUGCAGUUGUGUAUUAAUCUUCGUGGAGAAUACUUCGAAAAACAAUAAAGUCAUUUAAAACUACCUACC